CUCCGCCUCGACCCAUUGGUAGCUGGCGUUCCCCUCCUCUUCCCCCAGCCAGCCACUUUUGUCACUUGCGUUGCUUCCCCUCUUCUCUCCUUUCCAUUCUUUUUCCUCCUUUUAAUUAAUUCCAUUCUGUCUUCUCUCCCGCUUGGUUGGUUAAAUAUUGGACAUCCCUAUGCCCUGGCCCUCCCCAAUUUAUGAAUCAAAUAGUCAGCUUUCUGGUUCUAUGAUUCUCAUAUGAAAUUCCCCUUACUCCCUCCUCCUCUCCCUCUAUAUAUUGAAUUUCCUAUCUCACACCCGCCCUCACCCAUAGGACAAAGAUGAGUUCUGUGAAUCUUGGUCCGUGGACUCGCCCCAGUUCUUUGCUCACCCAGGUGGGCAAAUCCAGAUCCCCAUCCUUUCAUCUCUUCAAUGGUCUCAGAAAACUACCCAUUUCCUUCGUCUCUUCAAAACCACCGACCAAUGGGGUCUCUUACUCUUCUUUCCCCUCUCUUUCGGUUGCUGCGGUGCUCACCAAGGAAAACGCCGUCAAGGAUUCCGAGGAGGAGAAACCUGGUUUCAAUUUCAACGCCUACAUGCUUGAGAAGGCCAAUAAGGUGAACCAGGCCUUGGAUGCAGCUAUUUCCCUGAGAGAACCCGAGAGGAUUCACGAGGCCAUGCGGUACUCCCUUCUCGCCGGCGGCAAGCGUGUGCGCCCAAUGCUCUGCAUCGCCGCCUGCGAACUUGUCGGCGGCCACGAAUCAGUGGCCAUGCCCUCAGCUUGCGCCGUGGAGAUGAUUCACACUAUGUCGCUGAUUCACGACGACUUGCCCUGUAUGGAUAACGACGAUCUGCGGCGAGGGAAACCGACAAAUCACAAGGUCUUCGGGGAGGAUGUCGCGGUUUUGGCUGGCGAUGCCCUUUUGUCUUUCGCCUUCGAGCACAUCGCCGUUGCUACCGUGGGCGUGGGGCCGCCGAGGGUAGUUCGCGCCAUCGGGGAGUUAGCAAAAUCGGUUGGCGCUGAAGGUCUGGUCGCCGGGCAAGUUGUGGAUAUAGCUUCGGAGGGAUUGUCCGAUGUGGGGCUGGAGAAGCUAGAAUUCAUUCAUAUUCACAAAACGGCAGCGUUAUUGGAAGCCGCGGUUGUGCUGGGAGCAGUCGUGGGAGGUGGGUCGGACGAAGAGAUUGAGAAAUUGAGGAAGUUCGCGAGGUACAUCGGGCUGCUGUUUCAGGUUGUGGAUGACAUUCUCGACGUUACCAAAUCGUCGGAGGAACUGGGGAAAACUGCGGGGAAGGACUUGGUGGCUGACAAGACCACGUAUCCGAAACUUCUGGGGAUAGAGAAAUCGAGGGAGUUCGCUGAGAAAUUGAACAAGGAUGCGCAAGAUCAGCUUUCUGGGUUUGAUCCAGAAAAAGCUGCUCCGUUAAUUGCUUUGGCCAAUUACAUUGCUUACAGGCAGAACUAGGUUGCUCAAUUAAUUUGUUCUAGUUUUGGAUGAUUGCAACUUCUGAAAUCAUAGUUAUACAUAAGCUCCUGAUCUUGUAACGAGGGAUGCCUCCAAAUAAUUCCCUCUUCUCCUCUGUGCUUCAAUGUUAUUCAAUUCAAACUUUGUCCAAUUACAUUGCGUACAGGAAGAACUUGGUUGCUCAAUUAAUGUGUUCUAGUUUCGGA